AUGCAUAACUCCAAGAUUCCAUGGGCUCUCUCAUCUGGAAAUAUGAAUGAUUUAACGAAUACAGUCGAACUCGAGUUAUCUUUUGCAAAUUUGCUAAAACGUGCGGCUGAGAACGAUGAAAAUGGAUUCAAUCUGUUAAUGGAUCGUAUUGGUUCUGCUAUUUAUGAAAUGGGAGUUUGGUAUGGGGUUAAAAACAGUUCUGAUCCACUGAUGUCGACUAUGCAUAGAACCCCAUUGAUGAUGGCUGCAAGUUAUGGGAGUCUUGAUGUUUUGAAGUUUAUACUUUCUGUAUCAGAAUCUAACGUAAAUGAGAUUUAUGGCAAGGAUAAUACAACCGCCCUUCACUGUGCUGCUUCGAGUGGUUCUCAUAAUGCUAUUAAAGUUGUCGAAACCUUGUUAGCCUUUAACGCUAAUCCUAAGUUGGUUGAUGGUGAGGGACGUCUCCCUGUUGAUGUCGUUUACAUGCCAGACGAGUUACAGUGGUCAAAGUUUGUGAUUAAAAAUAUACUUGCAGAAGAAAGUGAGAAGAAAGAGUAUCAGGUUGACCCUCCUUUUUCAGAUUUAAACAGUGAUAUAUGUUCAAGUGAUGACUUUCGGAUGUUUUCAUACAAGAUCUAUCCGUGUGCACGAGCUGGCAUAUCACAUGACCGGACCCAAUGCCCAUUUUAUCAUUCUGCAGGAUAUGAAAGAAGACGUGACCCACAUGAAUUUCGUUAUAGGAGUGACCUAUGUUUCAGUUUCUUGAAACGGCGACAGUGUUGUUCAGGAGAUAAUUGUAUGUUUUCUCAUGGGUAUUAUGAAAGGGGGUUGCACCCAGAACUAUACAGGACUAAGUUUUGUCGAAAUACAGAAUCAUGUAAACGAAAGGUCUGUUUCUAUGCCCACACACAGCAAGAACUUCGUUCGCGAUAUGCUGCAGCAAUGUCUGCCAUUCCAUCACCACGAGUUUGGGCUUCUCCCAGGGUCAUUCCAACUCAUGCAGACAGACCCUCCUCAUCAGCAGAAGAUACCAGGUUCAAGUGA